ACCAGAGGCCCAUUUCACAACUUGCCAAGGGUCAGCUUCCCUUGAGCAUGUACAAGUUCGGUCCUCUCUGCUCCUCGCCCCUUGCCAGCUUCCACCCGGGAGGUCCCCCAGGCAGCCUGCAGCAUGAUCUCCAUCACCGAAUGGCAGAAGAUUGGUGUGGGCACCACCGGCUUCGGCAUCUUCUUUAUCCUCUUUGGGAUGCUCCUGUACUUUGACUCCGUGCUCCUCGCCUUCGGAAAUCUGCUGUUCCUGACCGGCCUGUCCCUCAUCAUCGGCCUGAGGAAGACGUUUUCCUUCUUCUUCCAGAGGCACAAGCUCAAGGGGACCAGCUUCUUCCUGGGGGGUGUGCUAGUUGUGCUUCUGCGCUGGCCCCUCCUGGGCAUGUGCCUGGAGACCUACGGCUUCUUUAGCCUCUUCAAGGGCUUUUUCCCUGUGGCCUUUGGCUUCCUGGGUAAUACCUCCAACAUCCCCUUCCUGAGUGCGGUAAGUGGAUUAUGCUCGUGGCUUGGUGGUGAUGCCUUGAGGUGGGGGAGCACAUGGAGUCAGUCCACUGCCCCCAGAAGAGCACAGUAGACCCUAUCCCAUCUCCCCUUAAACCCCCUUCCCCAGGUUGGUGGUCUCAGCUUCUCUUCCCCUCCCUGUACCAUCUCCAGGUGUCAAGAGGAGAUGAGAUGAGGGGACCCAUGAGCAGUUGUGCCUAAGGUGUGGCUGGAGAGAACAGUGGCUGUCCAUAGCUCCCUGUUAGAGCCAAGGGGACAGAGACUUAGGGAGUCCAGGUGACCCAGCCAGCCAGUGCCAGAUUUCUGGAGAGAUGGCCGAGUCUGGGCCCCAGGCAUGGAGAGGAUGUGUGACAGCCAACGACAGCAGGAUAAGCAGGUGGCAGAGUCUGUCCUCUCCUUGGGGCAGGCAUGGGGCAGUGGUCCCCAGCCCCUGCCCCUCCCUUUCUCUGAAGCACCUAACAGAACAUAAGCUCUCUGAGAAGUUCAAGGAGGCCCUAAGCCAGCAUCUUGACAUGCCUGCCAGCUGGGCACACCCCCGCAGCCCCCUCUCCAUAUCUGCACCUGGCUCUGCUCCUGGCUCUCAAGGCCAGCUUCUUAAUAACCUAGAUAUUGAGUCUGCUCUCGACUCUUUGUCUGGAGUAAUGAUUCUUGGCUCCCACAGCUGUUCCGGAGGCUACAAGGCACCAGCUCAAUGGUCUGAACAGCAAGAGAUAAGCUCCUUGAAUUUGGAUCAUCAGCGGAGGGGGCUGGAAAGGAAAUGGGGGCCACCCCAUCAGGCCCCCACCCCGCACUGACUCAUGUCCCCGUCAUACCUGGACCUCUCCAAGUCCAGAAGGAAGGAUAGAGCUGAGUGACUGACCUCAACUCCCCACGUCAACUUAAGAGGCUGUUUAGGACUGUUGAGAGCAGAGAUCCAGGGCCCCACGGAGAACAGCCUGGGCUGGGAUCACAUCCCACUCUGUAUUUAUCAGAGAAAAGGCAAAGAUUAAAUCCCCAAGCUGUGAAUGUG